AUGGCUGUCCAGGGCAAGCCUGCAGCUGGCAACACCGCGAGCCCAAGGCCGAAGCAGCAGCAACUCGGGAACUUCUUCAAGAAGCACGGGUCGGACAUCGCCGGCCUCUUCCCGAGGCAUCGCAACGGCGGAUCAUCAGGUAGCUACAGCGGCCAGGCCGUGCCGGCCGACGGCGGCGAAAACGGCGGUGGUGGCCAGAGCCAGGACCCGGCGACCAACACCGGCAUGUACGUGUUGAGCUUCAGCGUCGGCACGCCGCCACAGGUCGUCACCGGCGUGCUCGACAUCACCAGCGACUUCGUGUGGAUGCAGUGCUCGGCGUGCGCCACCUGCGGCGCCGACGCGCCGGCGGCGACGUCCGCGCCGCCCUUCUACGCCUUCCUGUCGUCCACGAUACGCGAGGUGAGAUGCGCGAACCGCGGGUGCCAGCGGCUCGUCCCGCAGACGUGCAGCGCCGACGACUCCCCCUGCGGCUACUCGUACGUGUACGGCGGCGGCGCGGCCAACACCACCGCCGGGCUCCUCGCCGUCGACGCGUUCGCGUUCGCCACGGUCCGCGCCGACGGGGUGAUCUUCGGGUGCGCCGUCGCCACCGAGGGCGACAUCGGCGGCGUGAUCGGACUCGGCAGAGGGGAGCUCUCCCCCGUCUCGCAGCUCCAGAUCGGCAGGUUCUCCUACUACCUCGCCCCCGACGACGCCGUCGACGUCGGGAGCUUCAUCCUCUUCCUUGACGACGCCAAGCCGCGGACCAGCCGCGCCGUCUCCACGCCGCUCGUCGCCAGCCGUGCAUCGCGCAGCCUCUACUACGUCGAGCUCGCCGGCAUCCGCGUCGACGGCGAGGACCUCGCGAUCCCGCGUGGGACGUUCGAUCUCCAGGCGGACGGCUCCGGCGGCGUGGUCCUGAGCAUCACCAUUCCGGUCACCUUCCUGGACGCCGGCGCGUACAAGGUUGUGAGGCAGGCGAUGGCGAGCAAGAUAGAGCUGCGCGCCGCCGACGGCUCGGAGCUCGGGCUUGACCUGUGCUACACCAGCGAGUCGCUGGCCACGGCGAAGGUGCCGUCCAUGGCGCUCGUCUUCGCCGGCGGCGCCGUCAUGGAGCUAGAGAUGGGGAACUACUUCUACAUGGACUCGACCACCGGGCUGGAGUGCCUGACGAUCCUGCCGUCGCCGGCCGGCGACGGGUCGCUCCUCGGCAGCCUGAUCCAGGUAGGCACGCACAUGAUCUACGACAUCAGUGGCUCUAGGCUGGUGUUCGAAUCGUUGGAGCAAGCGCCGCCGCCGCCGUCGGGUUCAUCCCGACAGUCGUCACGGCGGCGCUCAUCGUCAGCCCCGCCGCCGCUGACCUCGCCGGCAGUGGUCGUGAUCCAUUUAAUGUUGGUCGUGGUAUACAUGUUCUUGUGA